UUUCAUUGAUGACUAGAAACUUAGGGUCACACGGGCAAAGCGUCUAUGCUCGAGCCCAAUGCCCGGGCUCGUGGAUAUUAUACAGGGUCAAUGGAUGCUGAUGUGGGUGCUUUGUUGAUUGGCUGACCCGGAUUGAUACUAGUACAUCGUCAAAAGGUCCUACUUCGGGUGCUGAAGGGUGUUUGCCUUGUGAGUUCCACUUUGUCUCUUACGUAUGUCCGGAAGAGCGUCUAACAACGUCCCUCCUUCUCUCUUACGCAUCUGGCAGCGGGAAGAAGAGGAUCGCAGACUCUCAGCCAGCAGGAUGGACUCAGCUAAGGCUAUCGUCUGCCAUGACACUCACGCCAACGGCGGCUGGAAAAUGGAGCAGGUUGGCGUCCGCAAGCCUGGUGAAGGCGAGCUUCUCGUUGAGAUGGUGGCCUCUGGCAUCUGCCAUACCGACGCAAUGAUUGGUGGCAUUCCGGGCGGAGCGGCUCCGAUCGCUUUCUAUCCGAGAGUGUUGGGCCAUGAAGGCAGCGGCUAUGUCAAGGAGGUUGGCAAGGGAGUGACCGUUGCUCAGCCUGGCGACCCCGUGCUUCUCUCGUUUGCAUUUUGCAAUACAUGUGAUAUUUGCAAAGCCGGCCACUACUCGAAUUGCAUUGACUUCAACGAUAUAAAUUUCGGCGGACCAUACAGAGACUUUACACUGGCGUCCAAAAGCGGUGAGCCAGAGAUAGGAGGUCAAUUCUUUGGACAGUCUUCGUUUGCCAACCUCUCGAUCGUGAGACAGUGCAGCGUUGUGAAUGCGAAGAACCUCGUCAAGGACAAGAAGGAGCUUCAGCUCUUCGCUCCCCUCGGGUGCGGCAUCCAAACUGGUUCCGGCACUGUGAUCAAUGCUGCAAAAGCGACUUCCAGCGAUGUCAUUCUAAUUAUGGGCCUGGGUGGCGUUGGGUUAAGCGCAAUUAUGGGCGCAAAGAUCCAGGGGUGA